CUAGGCUAUUCUAUCAGCAGAAAUUUAGUUAGAGCAAUGUCUAUUCCUGCUACACAAUAUGGUUUCGUCUUCACCAAAAAGGACGGUUUAAAAAUUCGCGAGAACAUGCCUGUUCUCGAACCCAAGGCUGACCAAGUCUUGCUUAAAGUCGACGCAGUAGGAUUGUGUCACUCCGACCUUCAUGCCAUCUACGACGGCUUCGACUUUGGUGACAAUUACGUUAUGGGCCACGAAAUCGCCGGCACCAUUGUCAAGAAGGGAGCCAUGGUCGACUUUUGGGACCUAAACACCCGUGUUGCCUGUUUUGGUCCAAACUCCUGUGGCCAUUGUCAACUUUGUCGUACUGGUUUUGAAAAUGAUUGUAUCAAUGUCGUCAACGGCUGGUUUGGAUUAGGUAAAAACGGAGGCUACCAGCAAUAUUUGUUGGUUGAAAAGCCUCGUAAUUUGGUUGCUAUUCCAGACAACGUCGAGCUGUCCGAUGCAGCUGCCAUUACCGACGCUUUGUUGACCCCCUACCAUGCCAUGAGAUUAGCUGGUGUUAGAUCAGGCACGAAGCUCUUGCAAAUUGGUGCUGGAGGAUUGGGAGUAAAUGGUAUUCAGAUUGCUAAAGCAUUUGGAGCUCAAGUCACUGUUAUCGACAAAAAGCCCGAGGCUGUAGACGUCGCUAAGAGCCUAGGCGCAGAUGAAGUAUAUUCUGCACUUCCUGAAUCAACCAGUCCGGGAAGUUUCGAUGUUGCUAUCGACUACGUUUCUACUCAAGGCACUUUCGACACUUGUCAAAAGUACGUCAGAUCUAAGGGUAAUAUUGUUCCCGUUGGAUUGGCCGCUCCAAGAAUUUCGUUUAACUUGGGAGAUUUGGCCCUUAGAGAAAUCAAUGUCCUUGGUAGCUUCUGGGGUACAUCAUCCGACUUGAAGGAAUGUUUCGAUUUGGUCAGCAAGGGCAAAGUCAAACCUAAGGUGACUGUUGCUCCAUUGAAGCAAUUGCCUGAAUACAUUGUCAAGUUACAGAAUUCGGCCUACGAAGGUAGAGUCGUGUUCAAGCCAUGAUUGUCGAACCGAAUUUCGGAUUUUAAAAGCCUUAGGUUAUGUAGCAAGCUACUCGAAUGAACAAGAAAUGAUAUUUAC